AACAUAGUUUGAUUUUUCUUACUAUCAAAAAUAUUAGCAACUUGUAUCAGUGUCAUAUAGCCUUUGAAUUUGAAUGUUUAAUAAAUAGGUCGAUUUGUCUGAAAUUUACGUACUAUAAAGCCCAGUCAUGUACAAGUACUUAUCGGUCCUAUUGCUAGCUGCAGUAGUUGUUGGAGCUGCUAAACCAGAAGAUAGUGAAUCGUGUUACUCCUUCGGCGGCGGAAAUGUAUAUCCCGAUCAGCCGAAGGGCGAUCAUCAGUUACAAUACACCAAGGCAGUCAUUUCCAAGCCAGCUCCUCAGUUUGAGGGAACCGCUGUGGUCAAUAAGGAAAUUGUGAAGCUAUCGCUUUCCCAGUAUCUGGGAAAAUAUGUGGUGCUGCUCUUCUAUCCACUUGAUUUCACCUUUGUCUGCCCAACGGAGAUCAUAGCCUUCUCCGAUCGCAUCGCCGAGUUCAAGAAAAUCAAGACGGAGGUGAUCGGCGUCAGCGUGGACUCCCACUUCACCCAUUUGGCCUGGAUCAACACGCCGCGCAAGGAGGGCGGUCUGGGCAACGUUAAGAUCCCCCUGCUCUCCGAUCUGACGCACAAGAUCAGCAAGGACUACGGUGUCUAUCUGGAGUCCAGCGGCCAUGCCCUGCGCGGACUCUUCAUCAUCGAUCAAGCCGGAGUGUUGCGACAGAUCACCAUGAACGAUCUGCCCGUGGGACGAUCCGUGGAUGAGACCAUUCGCCUGGUGCAGGCCUUCCAGUACACGGACACGCAUGGAGAGGUGUGCCCAGCGGGUUGGCGGCCAGGUGCCGAUACGAUCGUUCCCAAUCCGGAGGAGAAAACCAAGUACUUUGCCAAGAAUAACUAAGGAUAGAUGCACCACAUCCCUGUUGAUCAACCAAGCCCAGUUGCAUUCCAGAUGUUCACGACUGAAUCACGACUGAAUCCUCUGUACAAAAGUCCGUAAUGCCACCGAUUGCAAAUGGUUCGCAUUUGUUUUGUAUAAAAUAUAGUUUGUUUAUUUUACAGCAUAACUGAGAGAUAAAUAAAUUGAUGAAGUACAUGUUUAA